AUGUCUCUUGCUUGGCGUCUUCUACGAGAAGCCAUCGAGGAAGGUAGAAUUAUAAUCGAUACAGCGGGGCUAAAGGAGAAUGUCGUUGAAUACAUGCAUUCCUGGUUUCCGCCUUCGCCACCUGUGUGCAAGUCCGCGCACGAGGACUGCUCUAUGCAAAGCACAGAGGAUCUAAUGGAAAAGACGGUCCAUAUUCACGAUUUACCAUCAUUUGAGGAUGACGUCGAGCUUGAUGUUCCGGUUUCCGAAACUUCUGAAAUCCCUGAAAUUGCCGAAGUCGAGAUUUCCCCAAGAAAAGACGACCGACUUGAAAGAUAUUUGAACGACGCGGCUGAAAAAAUGGCUGCUGCAAAGAAAUAUCGCAAGGCACUGUUGAGUGGAAGCACCAAUAAAACGACUUCUCGUAUCAAGAAGCGCCACAACCGAAUCUAUCAGGAAAUUGUACAAGAGAAAAUGUCGACGAAGUUUGCGAUUCCAGGAGAAGCCUUCAGAGAUGUUGUCGACGAAAUCAUGAAGGAAGAAUUUACCACUGACCUCAAUUCGAAAAUCACUCGAUCUACGGUUUCAAGAUGUGAUGACAAUGAGGUUGUUGUAAGAAUCCCUCUUAUGACCCAAAUCUUUGAAUUAAACAUUCAAAGAUCAGAAAGUUUUCCUGGAGAAGCUCCCAAAUUUACUGGAGAAUUCCUCAACGGAUUUGAUUUGCUUGAAUGGAAUUCUAAGUCUUCUUUGUACGAAUUAACGGAAAAAAUAACGGACUAUUACAUCUCCAUAGAUGUUGUGAUUCUGGAAGUCAAAGAAUCGGAAACCGAUGGAUUCCAUGUCGUCGAGUUAAGAAUGGAUGAAGAAGAGCCUGAUCAUCUGAUGGUUGUGUUGGAAGCACAAAAGUAUAAAGAGGCUCUGACGCUUUCGUUAGAUAUUGAUGAUUCUCGAAGUUUUCCUCGUCUUCUCCGAUGCUCCAACCCAACAAGGACCGAAAGUUUCGAUUGUGAGAAAUGGAAUAGUGAUGACAAGCUUGGUGUUAAUUUGAGACGAUUGUAUGGAGAACUGGAAUCAGGUGUAGCAGAAGAUGUUAUGCAGGAAGGAGAUAUUCCAGUGGAAAACGACUCUUUCAACAAAGAAGAAGAUGAUAUUAUGGAAUUCAUUUAA